AUCCGAAAAGCCACCACCCAUGGGACAGCCACCCCCUGGGCAGUGAGUGACAGCCAGUGCACAUGGCUGGGGACAUCGGGAUGGCCGGGAAGGUGGCGCUGCUCCUGUGGGCCCAGACCCUCGGCCUCGCUGGUGCCCAGACCACCCAGCUCCUGGUGGAGCCCCCCUGGAGGCCGGCGCUGCUGUGGGACGGGGUGACACUGACCUGCCAGGGCUCGGGGACCGCCAGUGCCACCACCUGGUACAAGGAUGGGAAGCUCUGGUGGCAGAAGGGAGAGGAGAGCUUCACUGUCACCAAUAUUGGAACCUACACGUGUCACAGACCUGGCAGUGGGCGCAGCCCACCUGUGACAGUCUCAAACGAUGAUCUGGUGCUGCAGGUGCCGGGGCGGGCGCUGCUGGAGGGGGACACGGUGACACUGCGCUGCCGGGGCUGGCGGAACAGCGAGGUCACCUUGGUGUCCUUCUACCGGGAGGGGACAGAACUGAGGGGGCUCCCUGAUGGCGCAGAGCUGUCCCUGUCCCCUCUGCAGCUGAACCACAGCGGCCGCUACAGCUGCGAGGGCUGGGUGGGACACUGGGAGUGGCAGGAGUCAGCGCCGCUGACAGUGACAGUGCACGAGCUCUUCUCGGUGCCAGUGCUGGAGGGUCCCCCCGAGAUCACCGUGGGGUCCCCCCUGACUCUCAGCUGCAGCAGCACCCCCAGCCCCCUGCGGCCCCGAGCCCCCCUCCUGUACCUGUUCUAUCAGGACGGGCGGGUGCUGGGGGACCAGCAGGAGUCCCCGCAGCUGCUGCUGCCCGCCGUGGGGGUCUCCCACUCGGGGAAUUACAGCUGUGAGGCGCAGUCCCAGGGUGGGACCGUGCGGAAGAGCAGCGCCCGGCUCCGCGUCACGGUGACCGUGCACAUGCCCGUGGCCAAUGCCACCAUCACCCCCGGUCCCCUGGCACACCAGCUGCACACAGGUGACAACGUGACCCUGCGCUGCUCAGUGCAGGUGGGCUCAGCCCCUGUCACCUUCACCUGGCUGCACAACGGGCGGGAGGUGGCCCGGGGUCCCCUCCUGGAGCUCAAGGACAUCGAUGUGGGACAAUCGGGCACCUACCAGUGCAAGGCCACCAACCAGCUGGGACAGGACGGGCACCGGGUGUUCCAGGCAUUCAGCCCUGAGCUGGCACUGGAGCACCCCUGGGCUGAUGGGUGA